AUGGAAAUCUCGUCCUCCUCCUCACGCUCAGGUAGCAAGCUCGAUGCGAACGGAAGCACCAACGGAUCGUCCAAGUCGACCGUCAAGAAGACGAGGAAAAAGUCGGAAAAGAAUGGGAGCAACGGGUCGGAUUCGGGUCAUGGGUUCCCCGAGCUCAGGGACGAGGAUCUCAAGGUCGUCGGCGACCUAGGCGCCGGAAACGGAGGAACCGUAAACAAGGUCUUGCACAAAGAGACCGGCCUGUACAUGGCCAAGAAGCUCGUACUGAUAGAUGCCAAACCGGCGGUACGGAAGCAGAUCCUGCGAGAGCUCCAGAUCAUGCAUCACUGUUCGUCCGAGUGGAUCGUCUCGUUUUACGGCGCUUUCCUUUGCGACGUGCACGUGGGGAUCUGUAUGGAAUACAUGGAUCGAAGAUCGCUCGACGGUAUCUACAAGAAGCAUGGCGCGGUCCCUAUCGACAUUGUAGGCAAGAUCUCCGAGGCCGUCCUGAGGGGUCUCACGUAUUUGUAUGAUGAGCACCGGAUCAUGCAUCGAGAUAUCAAGCCGUCGAACAUCUUGGUCAACUCAAAGGGAGAUAUCAAGAUUUGCGAUUUCGGCGUGUCCGGCGAGCUGAUCAACUCCGUCGCCAACACGUUUGUGGGUACGAGCACGUACAUGAGCCCGGAACGAAUUCAAGGCGGCAACUAUUCGGUCAAGAGCGACAUCUGGUCUUUAGGCAUUUCCCUGAUCGAGCUGGCUUUGGGACGAUUCCCCUUUAUGAACGACGACGACCAGGACGACAGCGACAACGACUCUGACCUGGAAGAGAUGAGGCGGACGAUCACGGGACGAGACGACGGGCAAGGGAGGGUGGUGGAAGACAAGAAACCGAAACAGGACAGGCCACCGAAACCUCCUCGGCAGCACCAGCAAGCUGGAGGUGGAGGGAUGAACAUGAGCAUCCUGGACUUGUUGCAGCAUAUCGUCAAUGAACCCGCACCCCGAUUGGUACCCGCGGGCAAAUAUCCCGUCGAGGCGGAACAAUUUGUGGAGGAUUGUCUCCGCAAGGAGCCGGGCGAACGCAAGUCUCCAAAGGAGCUAUUGCUUUACCCUUGGAUAGUGGACAGUCGGGUUACCAAGGACGAUCUCGAGAGAUGGGCCAUCUCGGUCGACUAG